UGAGCGACUUUUCUUGUGUUUCAGCUACUCCACCUUGAGCUGAAACUUCUGCCUCGCAUCUAUGCUCACAGGUAACUAUCUAAACUCCACCUUGAGUUUUCCAUUAUCAAUAUAAACCUGAAACUGACUUGUUUCUCCUCCUCUGUCUCUGCGAGUUUGAGACAGCGUUGAUAAUGGAGUUACCUGGAGCGUCUUCCUUCUUAGGCGGAAUCGCAGCGAACCUGAAGCUCCUGCCCAGGGAUUCAUUAUUGGGCUGGACUUAGAGAGAUGGGUCAAGACAGAAUUGGGCCUUUAACUCUACAAAAGGAAAAAGAAAAGAAGAAGAGGAAGACAUGUAUACGGUGAGUUUCAUGUACGUGUGGGGUUUAGUGAUGGUCUCAUUGUGUUACACUUUUUAUGUUGGCAAAUUGGUUGGAAGAGGAAUCAUGCGGCAGAUUUUGAUCUUCCCAGUCUUGCUCAUUUUCCUCAUAGUUCCUCUAUUAGUGUCUUCCAUACAUUUAAUAUGCAUCACAUCGUUCUUCAUCGCCUGGCUCGCAAAUUUCAAAAUCAUUCUCUUUACUUUAGGACGGGGUCCUCUCUAUUCACUCUCUCUCCCUGUCUUCUUAGCCGUUGCGAGCUUGCCCAUCAAGAUUCAGCUGAUCCCUAAACCACAUGAAUCGAGAGAGGGUACUCUCUUGAAUUAUGCCAAAAAGUUUGCUACUUUGGUUCUCAUCAUAAAAGUCAUCGAGUACAGCAGCAAACUGCCCGACAAAGCCGUGUUUACACUCUAUCUGAUGAUCCAAAACUACUUCAGUCUCAAGGUCAUCCUAUCAACUGUAUCUGUUGUGGUUAGAGCCACGUCUAAUCUUGAGCUUGAACCACAAUUCGACGAGCCACACUUGGCGACAUCACUUCAAAAUUUUUGGGGGAGACGAUGGAACCUGAUGGUUACUGGAAUCUUACGGCCAACUGUGUACGAACCGACGAUGGAGCUGUUGUCAGGCUUGGGUCGGAACCGGUCCAGGUAUCUUGCUGUCUUCAUCACAUUCGCUGUCUCAGGGUUAAUGCACGUGCUCAUCUUCUUCUACAUUGGACGGUUAAGGCCAGAUUGGAAGAUAAUGUGGUUCUUUCUUAUAAACGGAUUUUGCACAUCGGUGGAGAUCGCUAUCAAGAAAAACGUUAAGGGAAGAUUCCCUACAACAAUAAGUCGGGUUUUGACAAUGGGGUUUGUGGUGGUGACAAGUUGGUGGCUCUUCUUCCCGGAGUUUAAGCGAUGCAAUUUGCCUCAGAGGGUUUUUCAAGAGUACGUAUCCAUAGGCGCAUUUGCAGCUCGGGUCAAGAAUACAAUCACCGCAUCUCUUCUUUCUGCUUACCACACUAUGUGAACAAAUCUUGAGUUUUUUUUUUUAUUUGGUUCUUCCAAGUACAAUAAUUGAUUGCACCAAACAUAUCAAUACUAUUAAAAUGGAAGGAAUCUAAAAAAAUCUAUCUAUAAAAGUUGUUUGGACCCUUUCAUUUAAUUCAUUAUUUUUUUAUCUUACCUUAGAUUUAUAUUAACAAUAUGUUACCAUAUAUUUCUCUAACAAUAAUUUAGUCAAUUCUUUUAUUUAUUUAAAUCUCACUCCUAAAUCCUAAUCAUUACUAUUACUAUAUU